AUGCUGGUACUGGAAAACCAAAAACUGCAAUUGCAGAAUCUUAACCUAAAAUCCGAAAACAACCAAUUGAAAUCAGCGGUACAAGAAGUGGAUGUGAAUUGGGCAAACGUCGGAAUUUUGCCCGAAGAGCCUGAUGAUUUUUUUGACGACGAUGUCGGAACUACUUCCCUACCAAAAUCGGGAAAAACAGAUGUACAGAUCGCUGGCAACAGCGACUAUAAAUUCCUUCCUGAUUCCACUGAUGCCACAACCGAGGCUGUUUCACUAACAGCGUUGGAGAAAUCUAUUAAACAAGCGAGUGUUACAGCGUUACCAGCAAUGAAUGGAAUAUUACGCUCGUCUAUUUACAGUGCAAGUUCCGUUCCUUCGCGAUCCAAAAGUGACUGGGAUAUAUUCAAAAAAGGACUGAAGAAAGUUUUCAGUCUGAGAAAAACAAAAUCAAUGAAGUGA